CUCACCUCAUCGACAAAAUCAAGCUGAAAAACCAAUAAAGAGAAAAAACAAAAGUCAUUUUAGUCUUCAUUGAUAACAGAGGAGAGAGAGAGAAGAAGAAGCUUCACGAUCGCAACAAUGGCGGAGACGAAGCCAUUUCUCAAACUUCUUCCUCUUCUUCUUCUUCUUCUGCUUCACUUCCCUUUCUCAUUCUCUACCAUACCUCUCGGCUCUGUUAUUUUCGCCUCCGGUUCCAACCAGAAUUGGCCAUCUCCAAAUUCCACUUUCUCCGUCUCCUUUGUUGCAGGUUCUUCCCCUAAUUCAUUCCUCGCCGCCGUUUCUUUCGCCGGAAACGUUCCGAUAUGGUCAGCGGGAACCAUUGACUCGCAAGGAUCUCUUCGACUUCUCAAAUCCGGCGCUCUCCGUCUUACCAACGGCUCCGGAACCACAGUCUGGGAUUCCGGUACAGAUCGUCUCGGUGUUACUUCCGGUUCGAUUGAAGAUACCGGUGAAUUUAUUCUCCGCAACAACCGAAGCGUUCCGGUUUGGUCUUCCUUCGAUAAUCCAACGGAUACAAUCGUCCAAUCGCAGAAUUUCACCGUCGGUAAGAUUCUCCGAUCUGGUCUUUACUCGUUUCAGUUAGAGAGAAGUGGGAGGCUAAGCAAGAGGCUGCGAAGAACAGAGUCGGGUUUUAUGUUAUCGUAUGGUAAACGACCGUGGACGAAGCUGUGGUACUCAUCGUAGUCAAAUUCAUAUCCGAUGGCCUAGAGAACGAGAAAAUGUUACAAACAAAUUUUAUGAAAAAUAAUCGAAGUUUAGGGAU